AUGGAAGGGAAGGUGUUCUUGUGCCAAUACUUGAUAUGGGUUAUGUUACUGUUGGGGCAGCUACAUGGAUACAAAAGCUGUAUUAAGAAAGAAAGGGAAGCUUUAUUGGAGCUCAAGAACUACAUAGCUUCAAUUUCUAAAGAAUAUCCCGACUCUAUUUUCCCUGCUUGGACAAAUGACACAAAGAGCGACUGCUGCCGGUGGGAAGAAAUUACGUGCAACCGUACAAGCGGACGGGUGACCGAGAUUGCCUUUGGCACACUUAACCUCGAAGAGAGCUUACUCCUAAAUCUUUCUUUGCUUCAUCCCUUUGAAGAUGUUCGAAUUCUGAACUUUUCCAAGUCAAGAUUCAGUUACUUAUACAACGAGGAGAAAGUGUUCAAUGUAGAGAUAAACAACCAAUUCAAUGGUUUCUUUGAUGAUGUUGAAGGUUAUAAAAGCUUAAGGAGGUUAAGAAACCUGGAAAUUCUAGAUCUCUCUUAUAAUAAUUUCAACAACAGCAUCAUUCCUUUUCUUAAUGCCGCUACAUCACUUACAACUCUAUUUCUUCGAGAUAACUACAUGGAUGGCCCUUUUCCUGCUAAAGAACUUGGAGAUUUGAAAAACUUGGAACUUUUGGACCUUAGUAUAAACAGAUUCAAUGGCACCAUACCAACACAAGGGAUUUGCAAAUUGAAGAACAUGCAGGAGCUUGAUUUAAGUCGAAAUAAACUUGUAGGUGAGCUUCCAACAUGUUUAACUGGCUUGACUGAACUUCGAGUUCUUGAUCUCUCAUCAAACCAGUUGGCUGGAAACAUACCAUCCGCUCUUGGUAGCCUUGAAUCGCUUGAGUACUUAUCGUUGUUUGAUAACAACUUCGAAGGAUUCUUCUUACUUGGUUCGCUCUCAAACCUCACAGAGCUUAGGGUGUUAAAACUUGGUUCAAACUCCAACUCACUUCAAGUAGUGUCUGAAGAUUCUUGGAAGCCAAGGUUUCAGCUGAAUGCUAUUAUACUAGGAUCUUGCAACUUGGACAAGAUUCCUCAGUUUCUCCAACAACAGAAAGGUUUGCGCCUAGUUGUUCUCUCCGAUAAUAAAAUUGCAGGGAAUUUUCCUUAUUGGUUGUUGGAAAACAAUACGGAACUCAAAGUUUUGCAUCUGCAAAAUAAUUAUCUCACAAGCUUCCAGCUACCAAAAUCUACUCAUAAUCUGUCUUUCCUUGACGUGUCAAGUAACGAAUUCAGUCAUCUGUUUCCUGAGAACAUUGGGUGGAUACUUCCUCAGUUAAGUUCUUUGAAUAUAUCAAGCAACGGUUUUCAAGGAAAUCUGCCAUCUCUAAAAGACAUGAAAGAGAUUGCAUUUCUUGAUCUAUCUUACAACAGUUUCCAAGGGAAGAUACCAAAAGGGUUUUUAACGGAUUGUGAUGGGCUGUUUACAGGAGAGAUUGGCCAAGGUUUUCGGAGGUUGCAAGACAUGUGGUUGCUUGACAUGUCCAACAAUAGUCUCUCUGGUGUUAUACCAAGUUGGAUUGGCGAACUUCCAUUGUUAACUACGCUACUGCUUUCAAACAACUCAUUGGAAGGUGAAAUACCUAUUUCGUUGUUCAACACGUCAACUCUUAGUCUCCUUGACCUCUCUGCAAACAGGUUAUCUGGAGAGAUACCUCCACACGUCAAAUCCUCAAAUCAUUUAAGGUUACUUUUGCAAGAUAAUAAUCUGUCAGGAGUUAUUCCAGAUACAUUGCUAAUGAAUGUCUCUGUACUUGAUCUGAGAAACAACAGAUUGUCUGGGAACAUUCCAAAGUUCAUCGACACCAAAGGCAUUGGUAUUCUUCUUCUCCGGGGAAAUAAUUUAACAGGUCGUAUUCCUCACCAGUUGUGUGGCCUCACCAAAAUCCGCCUUCUUGAUCUUGCCAAGAACAGGCUAAAUGGAUCUAUACCUUCAUGUCUUAGCAAUACGUCACUUGGUUUGGGAAAGGAUGCAUCAUAUUAUGUUGAUAUCAAUUUCGAUGGAAGUUUUUAUAGCUUCGAGCUUGGCCACAAUCUUGAACAGGAUUCCACUUUCAGAAAAACUGUUGGUAGAAAUUUCAAAUCACUUCUUGUGCUUGACCCUUUUCCUUUGGGCUACAUGGAAAAACACACCCGGACGAAAAUUGAGUUUGCAACAAAGCACCGAUACGAUACCUACAUGGGUGGAAAUCUCAAGUUAUUGUUUGGAAUGGAUCUCUCGGAUAACGAGCUGAGCGGUGAGAUCCCAUUUGGGCUGGGAGAUCUUCUGAAACUACAAGCUCUCAAUCUUUCUCACAACAGGUUAUCAGGCGUCAUACCAGCGAGCUUUUCAGGUCUGAAGAAUAUGGAAAGCCUUGAUCUGUCCUUCAACAGUUUACAAGGUCAGAUCCCAUCACGACUUGCAGAGCUGAGCUACCUAGGUACCUUCAAUGUCUCGUUCAACAACUUAUCCGGAGUCAUUCCACAUGGAAAGCAGUUUAACACAUUUGAUACGCAAAGCUACUUAGGUAAUCCUCUUCUCUGUGGACAACCAACCAACAAAAGCUGCCACCAGAGCAGUAAGAACUUUCAAGAACAAGACAAUGAUGGAGUUGAAGCUGAUGAUGAAUCCCCAAUCGACAUGGUUUCUUUCUACUGGAGUGCUUCUGCAGCCUAUGUCACAAUACUUGUUGGCUUAUUCGCAUCUCUCUCUUUUGAUUCCCCUUGGAGCAGAUUUUGGUUCUACAUGGUUGAUGCCUUCAUCCACAAGGCAAGGAAUUUGUUUUGGUGA